GUCUGUUUCUGUGAUUACCUACAAUAAUGGAAGUACAGUACAGUCAGUAUUCCGUCCUCGUCCCGAAUCCUUGAAUCCCAAACCCCAAAGCCCGGAAUCGAGAAUCGAGAAUCGAGCCGAGCCUCGGGAUAUCGGUACAGUAGUAUCAGGUGUAUUGUACUGUAUUAUGUCAUCAGAAUGGAAUGGAAGCGGCGAAGCGCCAAGCAGGACCCCUACCACGGGACGAUCUUUUCGAUCAGGCGUGCUAGCUCCGAUCCCCAGGGUCGUCAAGGGUCCGUCGCGAUCGGACUGCAUACAAAUAAUCGCAGCAACAACACUCACUCACUCACACAACCACCGUACCGCCGCCAGCAUGAGAGACACCCACUCUUUCCUCUCCAGGGCCCUGCUCCUGCUCUUGCUGGUGAGCCUGAACCCGACCGCUCGCUCUCGCUCUCGCUCUCACUCUCACUCCGCACUCUCACUCUCACUCGCACUCGCACUCUCCCUUCUCACACUCUCACACUCUCACACUCGCACACUCCCUGCCUCUCGACCCGCCAACGAUCUAGACUGGUCCCGUAAGGUAAAUUACUGUAGGUGAGGGCGCGGAGGAGACUGCCGUACACAGCGCUCCAUUGGCUGCGAUUCGAAGACUCCGCGAUCGAUCUGGGGACGAAUAUUCGAAGACUGGACGAGACAGACAGACGACGCAGAAGUUGCAGAUUCGACGGUGCAUGCUCGAUCGCCGCAGUGUUUUCACUGCUGCUGCUGCUGCUGCUGCUGCUGUCAAUCUCACAUCCCCUCGCAUUUCGAAUCUGGCCCAACUCCUAUCCUAAACCUUUCUGUCGCCGCGAAUGGCCUGACUUGCCUCGCGCCGGGACUGCCUGCUGCCUGCCUCUGUUGAGUCUGCUUUGUGCUCUCCUGACUUGACGAUCUGACUGCUACGUGUACUGUCGGCAGCCUACUCUUCUCCUCUGCCUGCGUCCGCGUCCUCCCUCCCGCAUCACACCACACUCCCAGGCUCUGUUUUUGUGAAAGUCCCUGAAUCUGCUCCCUUACUUGCGGCCCGAACGAGACUGAUCUGCCAGUCCUUGGAUCUCGAUCCCUCUCGGUUUGAUCAGCCCGUCUAAAGCUCCCAGUCGUCACCGCAUACCUCCGUGUUGGUAUUUGAGACCAGCGUGCUGGCCGUCUGUCAAGGUUCUCACUAUCUGUGGCAUCAUUAUUCUUACGACUUCCCCAGAAGAUACCAAGCAUUUCGAUCAAGGAACCCAACCGAGAAACGCACAACAGCCACACAGGUUCAGACAUACAUCGAGACAUACCGAUAGUAGACUGAUCCGCAACAUAACGUCCACACCCUGUGCUGCAGUAUCAGCUCAUUCGACUCGGGGGCAAUUAUAUUGGAACACAGCCAUUGCAAUGCUUGCAAUACUGACAACGUAAUAACCCUUCUCCUCAGAACACUCGAUGCUCGCAACUUCUGAAGGACCCCGACCUGGGUCGCCGUAUCGACAGCACCCUAGAAGACCUCCGCCACAUCUUUCAGUCAGUCUUCGCCAUGAUGGUCUGAUUCCUGUGGAGAAGGCCGAAGAGGUCCAGGUUGGGACGAAGGGUAGACCUGUUCUUGGUACUUCGAUGAGACAGCCUUCAGAUGAAAGCUACGAUUCAGGAGAGAGCGGAGGAAGAUGGUUCGAUCAAGCCAAUAAGCAUCCUGGGAAGGGUCUUGGUUUCCCUGGUGUGGAAGACGACGAGCCUCCGUAUUUUCUUCCACGAAACACAUCUACCCACUCCAUCGAUGCUCAAAUGGAUAGGUCUAAGUUACACCCUAGCCAUGUUACUUCACAGCCCCAGAGACUACAGUAUUCAGUCAACGGUGGCAGCAGUGUUGGCGAUUACAGGAGCGUCAUCGACGACUUGACGAUUGAAAAUCAAAAAUUGAAACAGGAACUUCGGAAGUUAAAGAAGCCUAACGACACGCCUCAUCUGGAAAAGGACAAGCUAUUUGAGGUCAGGAUUCAUGGAAAACUUUCAGAUCGGAAAAGACGAGAAUUGGAGGAUGUACUUGGAUCUUUUGCUUCAAGUAUCGACGACCCUACCGAGAAGACCUCUUCACAAUCCAAACAAACCAAGGCUACACACUCCUACAGCUCUUUAGGUAAUCCAAAAAAAUCCGCUGCUAAGAACUCAUCUUCUUCAAACACAUCGACCUCUCGACUUCCCGACUCCGCCUAUGCUUCCAUGUCUAAUUCUGGUCCGACUUCUCUGUUCACACCCACGAAUCGCCAUGGCGUCGAAGACAGGAAAGCUAGUCAGCCACCGGUGAGAAGCGAUCAAAACAUACACUCCUUCUUGCACAAUAUUCCGGAAGGCCUCUUACCCAAGCAUUCUCCUGUCAUGACUGAGCGACAAAAAAAGAAGUUUGUGGUACAGCGAUUGGAACAACUUUUUACUGGCAGGAAAGGUGUAGUCGGCGGUGAUCAUAGCCAGCCCUUGCAGCAGCAAGAGGUUUCUGCAUCUGCAGCAAAAGCCGACCAGGCUGCGAAUCAUGGUGUAGCUCCACUGGAAGGUCUCCGCGAGGCACAUAUGCUACCCCACGUGAUGGACUUGGACAAGAACAAAUCAAGAUACUCAGCGAAUCACGCAGGAAAUGAACAGUUUCCGGAACCAUAUAUUUCCGAUGCCUCCGAUGAGGCUUCGCCAAGCGAUUCGCCAGGCCAACGACCAACUCGGCCUUUAGACUUGGAUCCGGAUCGGGCGCAAGUCCCCUCGGACAACGUGGACUAUAUCCGUCACCUGGGACUUUCGACACCCAAAUUCAGCAGUGAAACGUCUUCUGACUCUACGACUGCCGCUGAUGCCGAGGGCUGGAUCUACUUGAACUUGCUGGUUAAUAUGGCUCAAUUGCACAUCGUCAAUGUAACACCAGAUUUCGUUCGAGAAGCCCUGUCAGAUGUCAGUGAGAGAUUCCAAGUGUCUCGAGAUGGCAAAAAGGUGAGAUGGAGAGGAGGUACUCAAGCAACGCGCAUGAGUAGUGAUGAUGGUGCGAGUACUGCGCCAAAUCGAACACCAGAAGACAGUGAUAGCUUAGAUGAGCCUAAUAGAAAGAGAAGGAAGGUCGAUGCCAGGAAAUUUGCACCGGUACCUGUCAAUGCCCCGGACGCAGAACCGAUGAAGGAUAAGCCUCUCCAAUCGUUCCAUUACAAGCCACUUUUUCACCACUCCGAAUCAUCUGGGGGCUUUAUAUCUUCGGACGAAAGCGAAUCUUUAUUUGGCUACAAUGCAAGGACUGAAGCUCUACACGACAGCACUUCAGCUGAUCCGCAGAUGUGGCGAAAGGGUCCGAAUCAACGUUCUGCAAAAGAAAAACAGGAUGCCGGGUUACUUGUCUACUACAAUGGUGCCAGGUUCUGUACAGACCUGUCUGGUGAUCGUAUUCGAGCGUCAACUCCACUACAUAAUUCUGCCGUCGACCAGGAUGGAUAUUAUGACGGUCAACAGGGCGCACUAGGAGGCGCCGCUCGUAAAGAGGCACCAAUGUUCGAAAGAUCACCAUCGGGGUCGCUACUACCUUACAGACCCUUCAAGGACUAUUCGAAAGGUGUCAGCAUUCCUGGACUUGAUGAUCCUCGUCCGACGACGCCAGAUCUUCUCAGUGAUGGGCCAGAUGAUGAUUUUUUCGCAAGUGUUUCAGCUUGCGGCAUAUCCCCGCCAACUCAACAGCAAGCAUUCGAAUCAACUGGCCUUGGUGGCACAAGGCCCGCAGAUCAUUUCAUCAUGAAGGUUCAAACCCGCCGGACCAUGACAGAAAAUCGCCAGUCUUCCAAGGUAUCAAGAUUCACGACUUCAGGCUCUGGACAGAAGAGAUUUGCCCAUAACAUCCCGAGAUCCUCCCUGAAAUUCUUUCUCGAACAAGGCAUCGAGGCGACUAAAACGAGGACUACUUCUAUGACUGGAACAGCCGGAGCAUCGACAGACACUUUUCCAGUCAAGAGCGAAAUCAUCUCUUCGCAUCUAAAACACUUAGAGCCAUCUGAAUUGCCACCUCCAUUGGGCUACCACACGGCCUAUUCCAGCUCGGAUGACGAUUCUGACUCGAGCGAAAGUUCUUCGCAGUCCUCCCACCGUCAGCGGAAGCCGCGGCAACCCCAGGUUUCUAUCACGUCCCCUAAUGAACAUCCGUCUUGGGCACAUCGUUACCCUGACGGCGGUCUUUCAGACGGCGGUCUUUCAGACGGCGACGAGAGUGACGAUUCAGAAGAGGACGACGACGGUAGUAUCGACAUGCUAGCCGAGGCGCGAAAACUGGAUCCAGAGACGGUGGCUGCGAAGGAGAAGGAGUUUGAGAUGGCGAUUGAUGAUAAAGGGACGGAUGCCGCGACGGUGAAUGAGAGUGUCUCACCAGGGUUUAGGGGCUUGAGGGGAGUGUUGAGGAGGAGUACGACGAGUGACGUCCCGACCAGUGCGAUAGUGGAGGAAGACGAUUGAUGGGCUUGCCGGCGGGGUUGCAUUACAAUAUUGACCUGGAGCGGGAAAGCAUAUCUGAGGUGGAAUCGUUAGGUCUGAAAUUUAGCGAGGCGUUACGGCUGCGGUCACGGUCACGGUAUUGGCUUGUGCUGCUUCUGGGUUUGGGAAAAGGGUUUUGCGAUAUAGUAUAUCAUGUCAGACAUAUUUUGGGGACAUGGCGCAAUAUUGAAUAGCAUUUGCAUUGGGAGCGAAGCGAAGCGACGUGCGUUAGGAUGGCGCUUUGGUAUCGAUCGGAGGCUUAUUAGAGCUUGAAUUGCACAAUGUAUUAUUCUACCAACCUAGCUGUAUAUGAUGUGAUGAUGAGAUGAAU